UGGCCUCUGAAGGUACCUUUUCAUGCUGACGCUCGACGCUCAAUUUCGGCGUUAGAAGACAUCACGUGACUAAAAAUAACGAAUCAUUGCAGCGAUUUUUGAUCACAUGAUGUCUUUUGACGCUAAAAUUGAGCGUCGAGCGUCAGCAUGAAAAGGUACCCUCACAGUUCCUCUCAGGCUUCUCGCUGCUAUAGUUUUCUUCCUUUGACCUCUUCUAUCAAUCGUCAUUCGACAAAACAGUAUCGCGUUCAGUCACACGCAAUAGGUCUCGUGCAAUGGACGUAGUCGACCAACCUGAGCUUCCAACUGUUUGGAAUUGGGUGCAAGAAAAUUACACACUGUCGAAUUUUGAAGCAAUUUGUCGUAAGUGUGAUGGAAUUUUUUAUUUCGUCGACACAGAAGUUCUUCAGGAGCAUAUAGAAGACGAACAUAAAACCACUUAUCAAUUUGAAAAGGCGCAGGAAGAUAAUCGUUGGAAAAAUUUUAGACACACUGGCGAUUUAAACGAUUUACAAUGUGUUGUAUGUGAGAAACUUGUUUCCGUCAACGAUGAUACCUCCGAUCACCCGCAUUCCGCAGAAGAAGGACAAAUUGUAACCGACAUCAGUUAUAACUGGGUGUUCAAAUAUUUUAAAAAGGAUUGUUUGUUUUCUGCGUAUUGUAUUCUUUGCAAACGCAACGAACAACGCCAUCAAAUUACAGCGUUUGAUAAAAUCAUAUUCUUGCAUUUUAAAAUGUUGCAUCCAGAAAUAUGUUGGCAAGAACUACCAUUUAAUGAAAGUUUAGCGACAUUAAAUGUCGUACAUUUAAGAGGAUUGGAGCUGUUCUUAAAAGCAUGUGACUUACGCGAUUGGAAGUUAAGGGACGUGGAAUAUCGCGAAAUAGCUAUAAAUUGGUAGCAUCGACACAUCAAGAAUUAAUGAACAUAUAUAUAGAACAGAACCACAUUUUUAUUAUUGCGAAAUAAACGGACGUGAAUUUUAUCACCAAAAUCCAUAUAGGAAAAAUUGGAGGAAAGUUAUACGGCAAGAAAAAAUUCAAUGUGUUAUAUGUGAUUUUACGUGUAACUUGCGUUCUGUGCGUGAACCCUGGCUUGAUCAUCGUCAUAUGGGAGAUGAUAAUAACAAUAUUCAUUACUUCGAAUGGUUUUGCAAAUAUGUGACAAGAAUCCAAAAUGAUGAUGAUGAUUUUAAAGGACGUUGCCUUUUAUGUGAUAAUAAUUAUGACAUUGAAUUUAUGCCUGCAAAACACUUAUUCCGUCACAUAUUAGAUCAUGAGCAUGAAAAUUUGAUGAGAAAAGAUGACUCAGGACCAGGAAAUGACCCAGGACCAGGAAAUGACCAGGACCAGGAAAUGACCAGGACCAGGAAAUGACCAGG